UUCCAAGUAUCUCUUGUCAGUUUAGACACACUUGAGUUACCAUCCCCCUCUUAUUGGCCGAGAAAGUUGCCCCACCUGAUUUGUAAGUUUACCUGUCCUAGUCAACAGGGGGGGCACCUCAGCCAGCCAACACUGGAUUUAAUCUAGCUAGAAGUAGCAAAGCGGCUCUUAUUUGAAAAACCACUGAGUUCUGAGUUCAUUACUACAGGAAAACUGUUCUCUCCUGGGGCACAGAGAAUCUUGCUUCAGAACCAGCCUACCGGCUCAGGAAUCCAGUCGGAUAAAACCCAUCCUGGAGGAUAAUGGCUACCUAUGUCCUGCAAAUCGCCGGCCUGGUGCUUGGUGGUGUUGGCAUGGUGGGCACGGUGGCUGUAACCAUCAUGCCUCAGUGGAGAGUGUCUGCCUUCAUUGAAAGCAACAUUGUGGUUUUUGAAAACCUCUGGGAAGGACUGUGGAUGAAUUGCAUGCGGCACGCUAACAUCAGAAUGCAGUGCAAAGUCUACGAUUCCCUGCUGGCUCUCUCUCCGGACCUACAGGCAUCCAGAGGACUCAUGUGUACGGCUUGUGUGCUGGCCUUCCUGGCUUUCAUGAUGGCCAUCCUUGGCAUGAAGUGUACCAGGUGCACUGGGGACGACGAGAAGGUGAAGGGUUACAUCUUGCUAACAGCUGGAAUCAUCUUCAUCAUCACAGGCAUCGUGGUGCUCAUCCCUGUGAGCUGGGUUGCCAAUACCAUCAUCAGAGAUUUCUACAACCCAAUAGUGGAUGUUGCCCAGAAACGUGAGCUUGGAGAAGCCCUCUACAUAGGCUGGACCACGGCGCUGGUGCUGAUUGCUGGAGGGGCACUGUUCUGUUCUGUUUCUUGUUGCGAUGAAAAGAGCAGUAGCUACAGAUACUCCAUACCUUCCCAUCGCACAACCCAAAAAAGCUACCACGUGGAGAAGAAGUCACCAAGCGUGUACUCCAAAAGUCAGUAUGUGUAGUUGUGUACAUUUUCUAACUUUACCUAUAAAACCAUGCAGAUGACUAAAAUGUCCACUAUUUUCUACAAAUGGAACCCAAAGGAACAUUGAUUUGCUGUUCUUAACUGCCUAACAUUAAUCACAGGAACGGUGCACGAGCUAUUUAUGAUUCUCUAACCUAUUUCAGCAGAAUGAGAUAUUACACACACUGCUUUGAUUGUUCUAGGAAGUACAGUAAUUUGUUUUCUAAAAUGGUGCAUGCAUCUUUUCCCUUUAUCAGUUACUUCAAAAUGACAUGGUUAAAGACUAUUAUUUGACAACCAUGAUUUCUCUAUGACAUGGCAUUAUGUAUGUAGAUGAGAGUGACGUUUAUAUCUCGCAUAAAUAGAAACAGGCUU